CCUGCUCCUUUGUAUCCAUCUCUUGCUGCUAUUGUCAGCUUUUGCUGCCUCCAGCCCUCAGCAGCUCUCCAGGAUUUCCACGUGCUUUUCUUUUUUCCAGGAAAAGAGGGCUCAUUCAAUGUAUCCUGUGCAAUUUCCCAGGGUUGUAUCCCAGCCACAGCACUACAAGCAGCAAAAGGAUGAGGUGCUCCCACACCAGGCAGUGCUGCACACAUGCACAGCACACAGCAGGGUGGCUGCCGUGGCUGAAUUAUGUCUGAACAAAACCUGGAGCUGUGCUGGGCAAAGGAGGGAGCACCUUUGUACAACUGCAUCUGUAUCUCACAGGGAGAGCAGAUGCACUGCAUUGGCUUUGCUGACUACAGUGUAGUUUAUGAGUGCAUUGUCCCCUUUUUGCUGACUCUCCUCCUCCUGAACCAAAGAAACAGAACUGUGAGAAAAUCCAGGAGCCACUCUCAUCCUGAGGGAUUGGCUACACCAGCACUGGCAUAUAGAAAUGUCAUUUGUCUGAAGACAACGGAUGUGCCUUUUUACUCUCCUUUUUUGCAAACUUAACAAUUCAGUUCCUUCAGUCUUUCCUCAUAGCUCAAGCUUUUAGGCUUGUGAUCUUUCUUGUUCUCCUCUGGAGUUUCUCCAAAUGGUCUCAUCUUUCCUGAGAGGCAUUGUCCAAAAUUGUUCAUGGAACCUCACAGGAGGAUUUACCAGCUUUAGAUGGAGGGAAAGAUUAUUAUAAACUGCUAUAGCUGCAGCAACAUUUUCUCUGGAAAAGCUACUAAACAGGUUUCUUACCACACUGUCUUUGGGUGAUGGCUCUUACCUAAAUGUCAUAUUUUCUUUUGUCUUUAAGUGAGUUUUAUGUUUCCACCAGGCUCUCACCUAUUUGUCAAAUGUAUUUUCAAUUCCAGUCCUAUGUGUCAGUGUGCUUUACUCCCAGCUUGGUGUUGCCUUAAAUACAGGCACACUCUUUGUCUUCCAGCUCACUAAUGCACAGAUAUCUGUGCACAUUGGACAGUUCAAGCUGCCAAGCUGUAUGGCCUAAAUUCAUAGGAGUCUGUGGGUUUUGAGACAUGUAGGGAUGCAUGAUUUCAGUAUCAAAUGUCUCUGAGAGACAGCAUCCAAAAAAGCCAUUAUACUGUUUGGAUUAUCAGUUUCACUGACACUUCAAUGUUUGUACUUCAGCACUUACAAGUAUUUCAUCUGGAAAAAAUAUAACCCAGUAACAGUGUAUUUAUUAUCCUACAUAGCACUACAAGGAGGGGCAGAGAUCAUACCAGUAUUUAGGCCACAGUCUUUGCCAUAUGAAUGAUUAAAACUAGGAGAAGAGUCUCCCACACUGUUCCAUGUAAUUGUUGUAAAAAAUGUAAAAACCAUAUCUGGAGCUUGAAUUCUAAUUUCAACAUGCUGAGUGUCUUGUCCUGAUAUUUUGAAAUAAAACCCCUUAAACCAAAGUCGUUGACUUACCCUAUAUGUGCUUGUAUGUAAAUUCUAAGACAAACCUGAGCCUCUUGACAGCCUAAGAAAGACUUUUCCAAUAUGCUGGCCUGAAACAGGUGGUUUACAUUACUUUACAACAAAGUCUUCCUAGAUAACUGAGAUACAAGCAUGUUUAAAUGAAAAAGGCAGAUGAAGAAUGAGUAAGAAGUCUGUUGGGGAUAGGGAAUACUUCAUAAAAGGGUUGAUAAAUGAAGCAGUGUGGCUCUUCAGACUGUUUAUGCACUCAGAUUUCGGUUGUGGUGAGUCUGGAGACAGGAGUGCCUUUUGGGUAAUGUGCAUCAAACCCUGAACCCUGCAAGUUCAGCAAGCUCACAGAGUAAUCAGUUGAGGUAGUUUCAGGCAAUUCAGCCUGAAAAACUUCAUGACUACUGAAAGCUCAUUUUCACUCACCAGGAGGAUGAUGUGUGUGUCUCCUCUCCAUGUUGAACAGCCACACUGACUGCUCCCAUGCCCUUUCCCUGCCAUCACUGCCAGCAGAUCUCCACAGACACAAACUCCUGCAGUUAGAAAAUGUGCACGGACUGCAUUGCCAGAGCCCCUCUCUCCUGGGUGCACUUGUGCAGUGGAAGAGGGGAUGGCUUUGCAGUGAAACCUUUUGUGAUCCCUUCUAUAACAGACUGAGCAUGAGCAUCCAAAUAAAAGAUCAAACAUCAACAUUAUCUGCUAUGCUAAGUCAGAGCUUACAAAAAUAUUUGUCUUUAUUAGAGAUGAUGGGUCACAGUGAGAUUGUCUGAACCAAGCAUGGCUUUGGUCUAUGUACAGCAUCUUCUCUUUUCUGCUUGACAUUCCUAAUGUCACUCCUUAAACAAGCUGUAGUCUCUUCUUAUUGCACAUCUAAAAGCAGCUGGUUGCCUGAUUCCUUUUAACUUUUGUUACUAAGUCUUGUUUGGUGAGGAGGGAGUUGAGGGUGAGCAGCCUUGGCUGUCAGUGACAUCUCCUGGCACACAGAGGUGCCGGUGAGUGUAAUAUUGGCUGGAGGGGCCAUUUUCUGUUUGUCUCUGGUCAACACAAGCUCUGGAAGACACAAGAGUCAAAUUUGCUUCCUUGCCUUCACACAGAGCUGCCUCCCACACUGGUGUGGUCCUUCCUGGUUAUUCACUAAGAGCUACAGGGUUUCCACAGCAAAAUUGCUGCUACCUGGAGUGACUGGCAACAUCCUUCUCAGUUCUCUGUCUUGGACACAGAAAAUAUGUUAGACCUGUUUAUGUUUUGGGGCCAUCACUGGAUGGAACCAGCAGUAGCCCCUACAAUAAAGCAAAGACACCAAAAUUGGAAGCAGACAGAGAUGCCUGAGCAGCUGGGCUGUGCUCCAGCAUCUGGAGAGUGCUCAAUGCCCGCAAAGCCGGGCAGGGCUCCAGCAUCAAGCAGCUCUGAGCUCUGACAGCAGAAAAGCAGCAUCAUUUCUGUGCCUACUGAUGGCCCUACGAGAUGUUUUAGUCACUGCACACAGUGGGCAGUAUGAGAGAAAGAGUAGAGAUCUGUUUGGAUUCUGACUGGGCACGGGGUCAGAUCAUCUCUGCUUAAUCUUUAUGUGAGGAAAACUUCUAAUGGAAGGAAAACCUUGGGGCCUGGCAAUUAGUCAAGUACUGCUCCACUUGGUUGGUGGACACUGGAGAGUGUUUGCAUGGCACUCAGCAGUGUGAAUGUGACAUUCCAAGGAGCUGGAGGAACCUGGAAUAACUUAAUUCUUUAGCCCCUGCAGAACCUGCAAUUACACCUAGAGCUGAUGGAGGUAAUCAAGUGCACAGAAAAGGGAACUUACUGAAAUACCUCACCUUCCUGAAAAAACUACAUUGUAUCCUUUAAAUAGAUUGACAGUAUUGGUUUUUUAUUUGGUUUUUGUUUGGAUUUUUAAAAUAAGUUUGUCUUUUUUAAGCAAGUGUAUCGAGUAUUCAAGUUGUACAUUUUGAGUACUCUUUGGAAGAUUAUUAUUUUGUUCCACUACCUUCUGGACCAUGCUUAUCACCUUGUACCCUCUCUUGUAUGAAACAUUGAAAUAAAAUGCUCCUUGGUAGCAUUAGAGUUCACAGGGAUGGAUGGUCUGGUAUGGGAUACAGCAAUGCACUUAUCUAAAAAUCCCAGAGUCCUGAAAAGUGCUCAUGAUAGUGAAUUAAAAUUCAGGCAAAAGUCAUAUUCAGGGUUAAGAAAAUAAUGUGGCUUGGCAAAAAAAUGGCUUAUCUCAGGCUACAGGUGGAAUGCAGACAAUUAUCAUUACACCUCUGCCUUCAGACAAGGGAUUUCUAGCUCAUAAUUGGGAUGGUUCAUUACAGUGAGAAUAAUGCUCCUGCUUUGCUGCCAGUGCUGGUACUUUGAGAGUGCGGCUGCUGAAAAGAUACAGCAGUCUGACAAUACCCGUCACAGCAGGAAAUCCGAAUGUCUUAGAACUUGUGCAAAAUCACACAUCCUUCACUCCUAUGACAGCAGACACGUAACAAAUUAGUUUGUGGUUACCUCUAGACAAGAUCUCAGGGUAAGGGUGACAAUAAUUAUGUGGAUGUGCAACUGUCAGCAGCAGUUUCAGUUUUCAGGCACGCUAACUUCAUAUCUAUACUGCAGCUAAUUCUACAUUAUAGCAUCUGCUCUAAUUUUGCUAGGGUUAAAAUAAUUUUUGUUCAACAGACAUGCUCAGUGCUAUCAUAACCUGAGCCAACUACUCUCCCCAAUAAGAAGGAAGGUCUCCCAGCCGUCAUGCUCUGCUGUUUCUAAUCACUUCAAGCCCUGAGUUCUGGCCAUUUUUGAAUAGAGUUGGAUAAAAUACACUCUUACUUCCUACGGUCUGUCACAGGUACCAAACCAAAGAUGUCCUCAACAAGAAUGAUUCUACUCAUCCUGGGAUUCCUCUCUACUUUGGCUGUAAUCGCUUUAAUUGCUGUAGCAGUGACCCAAAACCAGCCACUUCCGAAGAAUAUUAAGUAUGGGAUCGUGCUGGAUGCGGGAUCGUCCCACACCAACCUCUAUGUGUACGAGUGGCCAGCAGAGAAGGAGAACGACACUGGGGUGGUGAAGCAGGUGGAGGUGUGUAAAGUUGAAGGCCCUGGGAUCUCAGGUUACUCCCAUGCCACAGAGAAGGCAGGUCCCUCUCUGGCACAGUGCCUACAACAAGCAAAAGAGGUGAUUCCCUCAGCACAGCACAAAGAGACACCCGUCUACCUCGGAGCAACUGCUGGCAUGCGGCUCCUCAGGUUGCAGAAUGAAAGUGCAGCUGACAAAGUCUUGUCCUCAGUAGGAAACACACUACGCUCAGCUCCCUUCAACUUCCAAGGUGCCAGAAUCAUCACUGGUCAGGAGGAAGGAGCCUAUGGAUGGAUCACCAUUAACUACCUUCUGGGCAAUUUCAAGCAGUCUGGCUGGAAAAAGCUUCUACAUUCCCUGAAAUCCUUAAGUGAGACAUCAGGAGCACUAGACCUCGGAGGAGCCUCCACACAGAUUACCUUUGUAUCAAAGGACCUCUCUUCUGAGUCCCCAGAGAACCAGCUCUACUUCCGUCUCUACGGCAAGGAUUACCAAGUGUACACGCACAGCUUCCUCUGCUAUGGGAAGGAUCAGGCUCUGCAAAAGAAACUGGCCAUGGAUCUACAGACCAUGGAGAACAGCGAUCUCCCCGACCCAUGCUUUCACAAGGGUUAUGAGAGGACUAUAAAUAUUAGUGAUUUCUUCAAAAACCCUUGCACAUCAGACAAGAAAAAGCAAUUACCUUUCAGCCAGCUGUACAUAAAGGGAGAGGGGGACUAUCAAAAGUGCCGAGAAAGCAUCCAGAAACUCUUCAACAAAAGCAUUUGUCCUUACUCCAGUUGCUCCUUCAAUGAGAUAUACCUACCUCCAUUACAAGGGGAUUUUGGGGCUUUCUCUGCUUUCUAUUUUGUGAUGAACUUUUUGAACCUGACCAGUGAACCAAACCCCUUUGCCCUGAACAAAGUGACCAGCACCAUUGAGAGCUUCUGUGCCCAGCCUUGGCAAGAGGUGAAGACAGCAUAUCACCACAUCAAAGAAAAGUACUUGAGUGAAUAUUGCUUCUCUGGAGCCUACAUCCUCUCUCUCCUGGAAAAUGGCUAUGGGUUCACUGAAAAGAACUGGCAAAUGAUCCACUUCCUUGGAAAGAUUGGCAGCAGUGAUGCAGGUUGGACCCUGGGCUACAUGCUGAACCUGACCAACAUGAUCCCUGCAGAGGAGCCAGCCGAGCCCCCUCUCUCCCACAGCAGCUACGUGGGGCUGAUGGUGCUGUGCUCCCUUGUGCUGGUGUCUGUGCUCCUGUUUGCCUGGCUUCUCUUCCACAAGCCCAAGUGCCUGCAGAAGGGGAUUGUUUAGGAAGAACCUGAAGGGGAGAGGAGCCGUGUCAUCCUGGCUGCUCAGGGCUAGGAGACCCCAGCAGAGCAGGCUGUACUGCAGAGUCCCUCUCACUGAAGCUACUGACUGUACAACAAGGGCAUUUAUUUCUUCUGAAUCACACUUGCACUGACAGAUGUUGGGACAUCAGGCUCGCCACCUUCUCUGCCAAGGAUAGACAAGCUCGUGUCCCCUCCUUGAAUGGGUUGUACUUUCAUUGAAUGAAACUUUGCUGCUUGUUGGUUUCUGCCUUGUGCACAGCAUUAUAAAGAGAAAAGUGGCAGCAAUCUUUGGGAGCCAGCGCUCCUGCAAGGGUUAUCUCAGGGUCACACAUCCCACUGAGCUCUUGGGAGCUAUCACAAACAGGAUGAUCCUGCUCCUUCUCUGCUGAAGGUGUUCCCAAGAGCCCUUCCUGCACCAGCACACCUCUGCUCACCUCCCUGCGCCCUGAGCUCUCGCAGCCCUAUAGCUGGUACAGCUCUUGCACCUGGUUGGCCCCGAAGGUGGGUCAGGCUCCCAAAUGCCUCUCUGGGAAAAUAAGGGAUGAGGAUGAAGAAACUGUGCAUGCUUGUGGUCAUCAGCCCUUAGCUGGGCUCUCUUGGCUGUCAGCUCCUUUUGCAGGUGGCAAAAUGCCUUUUUCCCACGUCUUCCUGAUGUUGUUGCUGGACCAAAGCUGGCUCACUGUUGCACUGAGCCAUUCCCACAUCCCUAAGGUACAUCAAGCCACAAGUUCCCAGCCAGACAUUGCUGCUUUUUGUAGGAAGAGCUUGUAUUGGCCCAGGUUCCUUGGCCAGUAGUGAUUGUUUAUGCCUGCAGGGACCCUGGUGUGAUCAGUGUGCCCUCAGGUAUAGACCCACUAAAGCAAUCCAGGGUCAGUGUGCUGAUAACACAGCAGCCUCCAAUCUAGGGAAAGUGUUUAUUAAUACAUGUUCCUGUAGGCAGCUGGCAGCAGUUAACCAGCAUGAGUAUGCACAGAUUGAACCGCUCUUUCCACCAGCAAAAUUAGUGAAGAUUUGCCUUUCCUUUCCUCAUAGCACAGGCUUAUCCUAUGGCCAUAAGACCCAGGGCUUGUGAGCACACAUACUGCAGCCCAUCUUCUAGCACACAACUAGGACGAUGCCACUGAUUGAGUUUAUGAAUCACUUUCUUCCAUUUUUCCAUUUCUUGGUCCAAAAAAAAAAGAGAGGUAAGUCAGAAAUCCAUUUUUGUGAAAACACUCAAAAACCACUGGUGCCUGUCUACCUCCCAUAAAAUCUCAGAAAUCUCUUCUCCUAAUGACCUGUAAAUAUGGAGGCAAAAAGAAAGCAGAUGUUGUAGAGAGGAAGGCAUAGCAAACACACACCUGUUUCCCCAAGCAGAGGUGUAGGAAGUGUGGAGGGGGUCAGGAUGUGCAAUCCCAAUAAUGCCUUCUCCUUUAGGCAAGCACAGACACAGAGCUCUCCCAGUCUGUCCCUCUACGCUUCCCAGGCUGGAAAAUUUCACCCAGUUAUUUCUACUUCAUGCCUGGAAGUAGAAACCCUAAUAUAUUGAAGGACCUAAAGGUAAGGGAAAAAUCUACCCUGUCCUAAGAUCUCUGGGCAGAUCACUGUUCUUCCAAAAAUCUGUGUCUUAUUUUUGCUCUGAAUUGGCUGGCUUCAGCUUCUGUUGGAUCUUGUUCUGCCCAUUUCCAAAAGACUGAGUAAUUCUGUUAUUAAAAUCCCUUUUUCCUUGUU